AUGCCGCCGCACGAAGGACUGACGCAUCUAAAGGAAUAUGACAUCAAGGACAGCAACAUUGAGCUGAUCGGAACCGAGAUUGACCACAGAGUCAAGUACAAUUCGGCAGCAACUGAGCCGGCCUGGAAUAAUGGAACCGUGGGACAGGUAGCUGGGCUGUACAUUUGGCGCAUUGAGGAUUUCGAGGUCGUGGUUUGGCCGAAGGAGAAGGCGGGCCAGUUCUAUGAUGGAGAUAGCUACAUUGUGCUGCAUUCUUUUAAGGUCGGGGAGAAAGAGGGGAAGGAGAAGCUGAUUCAUGACAUAUUCUUUUGGCUCGGGAGCAAGACGUCGCAGGACGAGGCAGGCACGGCGGCAUACAAGACGGUCGAGCUGGACGAGUUCUUGAAGGGGGUAGCGACGCAGCAUCGAGAGAUCCAGCAGUCUCCCUCAGGCGAAUUCAUGGGUUUGUUUCCUCGCCUCAAGAUCCUCUCUGGAGGCGUACAAUCUGGAUUCCGCCAUGUCGAAGAAGAUGCUGAGUCGAAAGAGAUGUCCACCCUCCUGCGAAUCUUCAAGCAUCUUGGCACAGGACGAGCCGAUUCUAUGGUUGUCAUCGAGGUGGAACCGACAUGGCAGAGUCUCAAUGAGGAAGACGUAUUCGUUCUGGACAAGGGAGAUAAGAUCUGGGUCUGGCAAGGGAAGAAAUGUUCGCCAAUGGAGAAGGCCAAAGCUGCGCAGGUUGUGAAUGACUUGACCAUCGCCAAACACAUUGAUGUCGAGGUUCUAGCACAGACGGAUUCGAGGUCGAGGCUGGUGGUCGAUCUACUGGGAGGUAAAGAUGCCGGCCGGACAGAGUUCCACGCUCCCAGGCCCGUGUCGUCUUCAAAUGUAGCCAGUAGCGGUCGCCCUCAUAGACUGUUUCGCCUCAGUGAUGCGUCGGGAGCGUUGUCCUUUGAUCUUAUCAAGGAUGGAACACCGAUCCAGAGAAGAGACCUUGAUGGCAAUGAUGUCUUUCUCGUUGAUAUUGGCAGUGCCAUAUGGGUCUGGCGUGGACUUAAGGCCAGCAAAGCGGAGAAGGCUAUGUGGCUGAAUGUUGCUCAGUCGUACGUCCGUCAGCUUCAAGGUGGAGCAGACAGUAAUGCGCACCUCAUGCCACUGGCAUCUGUAGUGGAAGGCAAUGAGAGUCCGGCGUUCUUCAAGGCAAUUGAAGUUUGA